AUCCGGCCCCACGAGUCAGGUGGCGGAGGUCAGGUGACAGCGGACCCGCCUCUCCCAAAGUCUAGCCGGGCCGGGGAACGCGGUGCAUUCCUGACCGGCAUCUGGCGAGGCUCAUGCGUCCCGUGAGGGCGGUUCCUCGAGCCGCGGGGCGCUCAGAUUGCUUUGGAGACGCUGAGAGAACCUUUGCGAGAGCGCCGGUUGACGUGCGGAGUGCGGGGCUCCGGGGGACUGAGCAGCACGAGACCCCAUCCUCCCCUCCGGGUUUUCACACUGGGCGAAGGGAGGACUCCUGAGCUCUGCCUCUUCCAGUAACAUUGAGGAUUACUGUGUUUUGUGAGAGCUCGCUAGGCGCCCUAAGCAACAGAGUUCUGAGAAAUCGAGAAACAUGAUAAGGAAUUGGCUGACUAUUUUUAUCCUUUUUCCCCUGAAGCUCGUAGAGAAAUGUGUUUUCUGUCACAGGCCUGAACUCUGACCCAGUGCGUCAUGUCAUUGAUUUGGGUCCUUCCAGAGUCAAGCGUCAGCCUCACUGUUCCUCCUGUCGUAAAGCUGGAGAACGGCAGCUCGACCAGCGUCAGCGUCACCCUGCGGCCACCAUUAAAUGCAACCCUGGUGAUCACUUUUGAAAUCACAUUUCGUUCCAAAAAUAUUACUAUCCUUGAGCUCCCCGAUGAAGUCGUGGUGCCUCCUGGAGUGACAAAUUCCUCUUUUCAAGUGACAUCUCAAAAUGUUGGACAAGUUACUGUUUAUCUCCAUGGAAAUCACUCCAAUCAUACCGGCCCGAGGAUACGCUUUCUUGUGAUCCGCAGCAGUGCCAUUAGCAUCAUAAACCAGGUGAUUGGCUGGAUCUACUUUGUGGCCUGGUCCAUCUCCUUCUACCCUCAGGUGAUCAUGAAUUGGAGGCGGAAAAGUGUCAUUGGUCUGAGCUUCGACUUCGUGGCUCUGAACCUGACGGGCUUCGUGGCCUACAGUGUAUUCAACGUCGGCCUCCUCUGGGUGCCCUACAUCAAGGAGCAGUUUCUCCUCAAAUACCCCAACGGAGUGAACCCCGUGAACAGCAACGACGUCUUCUUCAGCCUGCACGCGGUUGUCCUCACGCUGAUCAUCAUCGUGCAGUGUUGCCUGUAUGAGCGCGGUGGCCAGCGCGUGUCCUGGCCUGCCAUCGGCUUCCUGGUGCUCGCGUGGCUCUUCGCAUUUGUCACCAUGAUCGUGGCUGCAGUGGGAGUGACCACGUGGCUGCAGUUUCUCUUCUGCUUCUCCUACAUCAAGCUCGCAGUCACGCUGGUCAAGUAUUUUCCACAGGCCUACAUGAACUUUUACUACAAAAGCACUGAGGGCUGGAGCAUUGGCAACGUGCUCCUGGACUUCACCGGGGGCAGCUUCAGCCUCCUGCAGAUGUUUCUCCAGUCCUACAACAACGACCAGUGGACGCUGAUCUUCGGAGACCCAACCAAGUUUGGACUCGGGGUCUUCUCCAUCGUCUUCGACGUCGUCUUCUUCAUCCAGCACUUCUGUUUGUACAGAAAGAGACCGGGGCUUCAGGCAGCGCGCACAGGCUCUGGCAGCCGUCUCAGGCAGGACUGGGCACCGAGCUUGCAGCCGAAGGCCUUGCCCCAAACUACCAGCGUUUCUGCAAGCAGCUUGAAGGGCUGACCUUGCAGCCGGGUGAGCCAAGGGCACUUUGCUGCCACCGCUGCGUUCCCAGAGACCAAGCAGCCCGGUGCCGUGGCCAGUGAACUCAGAGGUGCUGGUGGAGGGGCUAGGACUUUGGGGUUAGGCCGUGGGGCUCUUUCUCUGAAGGCCACUUUCCUGACCUACUCUCUGUACAUAACUCAGCGUCCGUGACUGCAGUAACAGCUGGCCCUACCCAGAGUAUUUCUGAGCCAUGAGGGGCCCACCAGAUUGGUUCUUAAUCGGACUCAUGCCCAGCGCAUUAGCAUAGUAACUCCUUUCAGAUUUCUCGGAGGGACGUUUGGAAGUGGCUUACUCUCUUCUGCCCUCUCUCCUACCUCCACCUUCUCAGAUGAGCCCCAUCUGAGCACAUCCAGCUGCUCCUUACCCAGCAUCUGGAGUGCAGGACAUAGCUCUCUCCUGCUACCAGUCUGUGCCUUAGAGGUCUGUUAGGCCUGCCAAACGGCGACCAGCUCCCCUGGAGCAAGGAGAGGCCCCUUCUCUCUCUUUCCCCAGACACCUACUUGAGACUCAUCAAUUUCUGGCCUGUUCAGGAGCCUCAGAUAAGUAUUUGUACUUGAGACCACCUCACACAAUCUGUAUGGGCCCAACCCUGAUCUCAAACCUCCUUCCCUCUGCCCGAAGCUGUCGUCCUUCCUAUGGCAGGAGGGAGGGGGUCCCAGGACGUGCCUCAUACAUGACUUGAGCUUGUCAGUCCACUGAGUUUCCUUCUACGAGAUCAACGCGAGGGGCCUGUAUCUUGAAUUAAAACCUACUCGCUUCCUUUCUGCA